AAAAAAAGGGGGACGUAGCCAGAACACAGUGGUGGUGGUUGUUGUUGUUACACUAUCAUCCACAGGAGCAGGAGUGAUUUUUUGAUGCAUCAUAUCCCCUUUUCUGUUCUGUUGGCUGUCACACAGGUAUUUAGAUCCCACAUAAAUCUCGUGAGGCGGCUGAAUAUAAAGAGCAACACUGUCUGUGGCUCCUCAAACACGGCUAGCAUUAGCUAGCGGGUCUCACUGUCACAGCAGAGCUAACCAGCUAGUUGCUUAGCAGUUAUGGAGUGGCUGGGCAACGGAGACUCACUUCACCACAGCGAAGAGCCCGGCAGUGAGUCACUUUCAACGGCCGGAGGCUUUAGUGGUCUUUACCCUCACCAAAAGCCAACAUCAUCAAACCUCUGUGAUUGUCCCAUGGCAUCGCUAUGCCAGAGUCAGCAGCGCUGUGUGAAGGCCUCGAUCGUCUCAAGUUGGAGACUAGCUGAGGCGCAGGAUCAGUUAUGCUCUUUAGGAGUCCACAGCUCUGAGUCGCUGGAGCAAGAGCGUGCUCGGACUCAGGCCUGCCCCACGGAGCUCACGCACAAUGAGGAGGAGUGGCGCCGCAAGGAGAGCUUGCUGGGAGUUCAGGAACCCAGCCGCAGUCCUGUAUUUGGAGCUAGUUGGGAUGUUUUUGAUAAGAGUAUCAUCAAUGUCCAGCAUCAGGCUGCAGAAAUGGACCAGGACAAGUGUAAGACAUUUCUCCAGAAAUACGAACAAGAGCUCAGGCAUUUUGGUAUGCUGCGAAGGUGGGAUGACAGUCAGCGAUUCCUUGCAGCCAUGCCUCAGCUUAUCUGUGAGGAAACUGCAAACUACUUAAUUCUGUGGUGCAUGAGUCUACAGCAAGAAGGGAAAGAAGCGUUGAUGGAGCAGGUGGCACACCAAGUUGUAGUGAUGCAGUUCAUCCUGGAGAUGGCUUCAAACUCUCAGCAGGACCCUCGAGGCUGCUUCAGACAGUUCUUUCAUAAAGCCAAAGAAGGACAAGACGUCUACUUAGAGGUCUUCCAUACAGAACUUGAGGCCUUCAAACAGAGAGUUAAAGAUUACACAGACAAAUGUAGAGGUCAUUUGUCCAACACUGAACAGCAGAAUAUCGGCACAAACUGCAUACUCGACCCCAAAGAAUCAACAGUACCUUCAGUGGCAGAGUUUCCUAUGAAGCGCUGUGUAGAAGCUGGACUUUGGACAAGCACAGGGAGGUGGACAAAGGACGACACUACAGAAACGGAAGACAUGCGCAUGAUGGAGACGUCUUAGAGGAUUCAGCCCCGCCCCCUGCUUUUCUAAUAUCACCAUCAUAACCUCUCCGUUUAGGAACGAUCCGAGUUGUUUAUACAGCAGACCAGGCUAAAAAAAACACCAUCAUAGUGCAGGAAUAAACAGACAUUCAGUCUUUUAUGCCACAGUUUUCAGUAGAAAGCCUGCAGAAAGUACGUUUGUGCCAAUGGCAAACGUUUCUCUGUGUGGCUGUUAGCAUGUCGGCGUGGUUGGCCUCUGGCAAGCGGGUUUGUUGCAGUGUCUUUUGCCAGCUUAAAUGCAUGUUGUGCCAUAACUGUUGUUUUUACAGUUGGAGGUAUUGCAUUCUUCAAGCUAGGUGUGUAUCUUUCUCAGAAGAGAGAAAUAUCCUCACUAAAAAGCAGAACAGAAUUCAUCCAGACAACACAAUGAAUACUUAACCAGUAAAGUCUCUGGAUAAAAAUCACUUUGGUAGCAAAUCCACUGCUUAAAGUAUGACAGAGGUCAGGGGUCACAAAGAGCACUCUUUAAAAAAUCAUGUCAAGUCUGAGGAGAGUAACUGAUGAAAGUUAGUGUCCUUGCACCCUCUGAAGUACAAGAAGAUUCAGUUGGAGCCAAACAGUAUUGCAAAUCUUGUAACUGCAAUGCUGCUGCUCUGGUAAACAGUAACUACUGCAAACAAACAAAAAAAGGUGGGGAGUGCUUUGCGGGUGUGACCUGAAUUGUUUGAUUUUAAUCAUGAAGAGGAAAACAAACCUACCUGUGAUUAGGAACAAAGCAUGUUUGAAAUGGAGGGAGAGUUUCUGAGUUAUCAAUAGAGUGUCAUAGGGCUUCAGUUUGUGAGAUAUGCAGCUUUAUUUUACAUUUUUAACAUUUUCAAUGCAUAACAUACAACCAGAGCUACUGACUUUACGCUAGUGUGCAAAGAGCAGUUACAGUGAAUAUGAAUAAUUUCUAAAUCUGUAGUGUGAUGUAACGUUUUGGUAUACCAGCACUCAACAUAUUCAAAGUCUAAGCCAAGUUAAAGCUCUGAAAGUUCCUAUUUUUUUUAGUCAGUUUCUUCUUGUAGGACCCUUUCAGAUUGAUCUUCAUAUAAAGAGACUGCACAUGAAUUUCAGUUCUGUAAGGCUGAUUAUGGGAGAGGAUGAACAAUGCAGUAUGUGUGGGUGGCAGGGUAGUUGUCUGACUCAGUCCAAAUCAGCAGUCAGAAUGGAUGAUUCAGGAUGAUGGCUUAAGGUGUAAUUGUCUUCAUUUCUAUCAUACAGUUGCUCUUUUGUUGCCUGAUUGCUUCUUUUUGAGCCAGAAAGGCCAUCAUGAGUGGUCUGUCUCGUUGCUUUAAAUAGGCCAAGAGGAUGUGUUAAGCUCAUUUCCAGCUCUGUUUGAACUGUUAAACUGGGCCUUGAUGCAGCCCGUUAAUUUCGUCGCCUUUGUGAAGCAGGAGGUUUCGGCUCUGCUCCUUACAAAGGCCGUUAUUGGCUGCUCCUAAUUUGAAUAGUAGAUGGGUGGGGCCUCUGUGUUCACAACUAGAGCCUUAUGCCUAAACCUUGUUAAGGGGAAAAAAAUGCUUUUAUUGAUAUCAAACAGAGACAAGAGUGGGGGAAAACUUGCUAAUGUGAGUAUUCAGAGUAGUUGAGCCUCUUUUGGGUAUGGUUAAUAUGCUCAUCCAAAUUUCUAACAUCAUGUACAACCGAAAAUCAUGAAAAACAUCAUGGGUUCAGGUGAUCUGACAACACUCCGAUUACACUAUACCUGUGGACAUCAUUGUGGCCUUAAAUCUUUUCCUUUGAACACUGUGUGGUGCGACAGGUUCGGAGGACUAAAGCACAUUAUAGCUUCGGAACAGUAUAUGUGAUGGGAGAAAGAGGAGGGUUUAAUUGUUCUGUUUUCCUAGAAGUAUUCCUUAGUGUUGUCUGGAGAAGCUUAAACACAGCACAGUUUGUAAAAAUAAAAAAGGAAGCCUUUCGUCCGUUAAGAGACAUCCAUGCUAGUCAGGUGUUAUGUGGAUAAAUUAACUGCAGAUAAGUGAUUAAAAAUCUGUCAAAUACAACAUAAUGCCUACGCUGAGCCGUAAUACAAGCUCACCAGAUGUUAAAUUACAACUGACUAUAUACUGUGUAUUCACAAAAAAGUAUUUGUUGUGCACUUAACAGCUUUGGGACUUCCUGUGACAAAAAUAAGAGUCUCAGGACGACAGGUGGUGAUUAAUUUAAGUUGAAUUUUGAGUAAAAUAGCAUGCUUUAUAGUAUGUGAGUCAGUAUAAUAAUUCUGUGAUAAUAAAGCACUCAGCUUUUGAUGCAAAUAAUAUGAUAAUAUUACAAUGCUGUCUUUUUUAGAAAGGCAUAAUCAGCCCAGUUUUGGUGUUGAGUGUAAUUGUCAAUUAACCACAACCAGUUAUUGUGCAGAUCGUGACGUGAGACGUAAAGAGGACACUACAUUACUCAGUAACUAAUCGUCAGCUGAGUUUCGCUCCUUUGUCUUGCUCUCAUGUAAUCAGAGACUGAAUUUCAACCCAAACACUUCAAAUCCUACCAAAAUCUUUCUACAUCUGUUUUGUGCAUUUUAUUUGUGUCUGCUUCGGUGAUGCGCCAGAGAAUAACUAUGCUUUCUUCACCAGCCUGGCAUCUGUACUCGUUUCCUGAAACCAAGUUGCAACCAACUGUUUCCUUUCAUAAGUGCUUUGUACAGACUUUUGUCUGUGCUGAGUUGGUUGAAGUUCUUCGCUCUGGGAUGAUCGACACCAGAGCUGAAGGAAAGAUGCCUGUAUUGAGGAUGUGCGAAAAAGGGCUGAGCUCUCAAAAAAAAGAGACUUUUCACUGUAUGUGUGUUUGCAGAAAGGAGCUCUCUGCAUCUGAAUGUGUCCUGCACUUUAUGUUUCUUUUGUAAAACGGACGAAUACAAAGGGGUGGGGUGUUGAAAGCUUUUGCUUUGUAAUUUUGUCUCAUCCUGCGUUCUAAAUGUAUAUCACCUUUCUGUUCUUGGUCAGCAAGAAACGGAUUAGAAAUUAUGAAUGCGUUUUUAUGAAUUGCGUGACAUUUUGUUUUUGCUUUUGUAUUCGUUUUUUUUGUUUGUUUAAGUUUCAACUUUCUUUCACAAUGCUUUUCAUUAUUUAACAAAACAUAAACAUUGUAGACAUUUGCUCAGUAAGACAUUUGCUGCAGUGUGUGGAUGUAGAAAUAUCAAGUGUAUUAAAUACAGUUCAGACUUA